CAAAGUACGAGCCAGAGAAAAGAAAACACAAAAACCCCUCUUUCGCUUUGUCCACCAGAGGAGAGUCACAGUCUCACUUGCCUUGAACAAAAAGAAAAGGUCGAUAAAAAACCCAGAGGUUUUCAGCAAGAAAGAGGCAGUCUCUGUUUAUUUGUGCCAAAGGAGAAGAAACGACGCCGUAAAGAUGUUCAGAAACCAGUACGACACAGAUGUGACGACAUGGAGCCCAGCCGGGCGGCUUUUCCAGGUGGAGUACGCGAUGGAGGCCGUGAAGCAAGGCUCGGCGGCCAUUGGGCUCCGAUCCAAGACCCACGUGGUGCUUGCCUGCGUUAACAAGGCCAACUCCGAGCUUUCUUCUCAUCAGAAGAAGAUUUUCAAGGUCGACGACCACAUCGGCGUCGCCAUUGCCGGCCUUACCGCCGACGGUCGUGUCCUCUCUCGAUAUAUGCGAUCGGAGUGCAUCAACUACAACUACACUUAUGAAUCUCCGCUCCCCGUCGGACGACUGGUCGUUCAGCUUGCCGAUAAGGCUCAGGUGUGUUGCGUACUCAAGCCCUAAUUUUGAAUCUGUUUCUGUUGCUCAUUU